GGCAUCUGAAAGACAGCAAAGGAAAGCAAGUGAUCUUGUUCACUGAGAUUAACGGACUGCGAAGCAUCAUGAAGACCCUGGCUCUCCUCGCCCUCUGUGCCCUGCUGUCAGUGUGCUGGUCCAUGUCAGUUGUGGAACCCGAGGUUAUUGUGGAUCUCGCUGCAGACGCGGACACUGAAGUGACACCUGCUGCUCCUGCUGCCUCCUCCUCAGAGUCCAAUUCAGCCUCCUCCUCCGAGUCUGACUCGACUUCCGACUCUGCCGAUUCCAACUCGAGCUCAGACUCAUCUGCUUCCGACUCCACCUCAGCUGCAUCCUCUGAGUCCUCCUCAUCCGAAUCAUCUGAAUCCACCUCAGCUGCAUCCUCUCAGUCCUCCUCAGCUGAAUCCUCAGAGUCCUCAGAGUCCUCUGAGUCCGACUCCUCAGCAGCCUCUCAGUCCUCAGAAUCUGACUCUGCUGCUUCUGCCUCAUCAUCUUCCUCAUCCUCAUCAGAGUCAGCCAGUGCUGAAGCUGCCUCAGAUUCUCAAGUGGUUAUGAAAAGAGACCUGGCUGCUGUUCUCCUGAGGAGAAGAAGAGCUGCUUCAGGAGGAACCCUUACUCCUCUGCAAAUGGAAAGCCUAAAAGAAGUUUGCGAACUGAACGUUGCCUGUGAUGAAAUGGCUGACACUGAGGGCAUCGUGGCGGCAUACACCGCCUACUACGGACAAGUUCCCUUCUAAGCUAGAUUUUUUUUUUCAUGCAUCCACUUGUGGACACAUUUUUGUCUCUCCCAUUUGUCAAUAAAAACAACGAAACUUCAAUCCUAAUCCUAGAUGAAAAACAGAAAGGCAAAAGACUGGGACUUGGCCCCAUCUUUUGAUGAUGGCUGGAGAAUUUUCUUGGCUGCAAAUUCUUGCACACAUGUGGCC